AUGGGCGAUCCCCGGGCCCGCACGUCCGCCGUGGCCGCCGGCGAGCUGCGGCCGCCGGAGCCGCCGCUCGACCCGCUCGAGUUCCUCUCCCGCUCCUGGAGCGCCUCCGCCGGGCGCGCGUUCGCGCCCCACCCGCCGCCGACGCCGCCGCCGGCGGCCGCGCUCCUCGCGGCCAGCCCCAUCGCGGAGGACGCCGCGUGCGAGCUCGACGAUGGGGCCGUCGUCUGCGGGGUCGCCGCCGCCGCCGCGUCCGGGAGCUCCUUCUCCUUCGCGUCCGCCGCCACGUCGCAGCUCAUCAUGGAACGGAUCCUCGCGCAAUCCCAGGAAGUGGCGCCGCUCACCUCCGGGCGGCUCUCGCACAGCAGCGGCCCCCUCAACGGCGGCGGCUCCCUCUCCGACAGCCCGCCGGUCUCACCGGAGAUCGAUGACGCAAAGUACUGCAGAGCGGUCAGCACGCCGAAGCCGCAGGCUUACCGGGCCGGCAACAAGACGGUCGGCCGGUGGCUCAAGGACCGGAAGGAGAAGAAAAAAGAGGAGACGCGGGCGCAUAACGCACAGGUCCACGCAGCAGUGUCCGUCGCGGCUGUGGCAGCUGCCGUGGCUGCUGUGGCAGCAGCUACCGCCGCGGCCUCAAGUUCCGGCAAGGACGACCGGGCUGCCCGCACAGACAUGGCCGUGGCGUCGGCUGCGACCCUCGUGGCUGCGCAGUUCGUGGAGGCGGCGGAGUCCAUGGGCGCCGAGCGGGAGCACCUGGAGGCUGUCGUUGGGUCGGCUGUGAACGUCAGGACGCCCGGUGAUAUCGUCACCGUCACGGCUGCUGCUGCCACUGCAUUGAGAGGCGCGGCGACGCUGAAGGCGAGGGCUCUGAAGGAGGUGUGGAACAUCGCGGCGGUGAUCCCGGUGGAGAAGGGCGGCGUCGGUGGAGGUGGGCACCACCAGAAGCACGGUGCGCCCAAGCAGCAGCAUCACCGCAAAAUGGAGAGCAACGGCAGCAGCAUCAGCGACGUGUCGUUGGAGGAGGAGAACAACUUCCUCGGCAUCUGCAGUCAGGAGCUGCUCGCUCGCGGCACCGAGCUCCUCAAACGCACCCGGAAAGGCAUUCUGCACUGGAAGGUCGUAUCGGUGUACAUCAACCGGAUGGGCCUGGUAAUGGUGAAGAUGAAGAGCCGGCAUGUGGCAGGGACGAUCACGAAGAAGAAGAAAAGUGUGGUGAUCGACGUGUGCAGGGACGUAGCGGCGUGGCCCGGGCGGCACCUGCUGGAGGACGGCGAGCACCGGCGGUACUUCGGCCUGCGGACGGCGGAGCACCGGGUGAUCGAGUUCGAGUGCACCAGCCAGCGCGAGUACGAGAUGUGGACCAAGGGCGUGGCGCGGCUGCUGAGCAUCGCUGCCGAGCGGAAGCGCCUGGCGUGA